AUGCCCAAAGGGAGCCUCAGGGCCUGGGGCGGUCUUGUUCGGUAUAAAAGGCAGUCCAACUGCAGGUCCCUCAUCCACUUCUCUUGCCUUCUCCUCCCUGGUGAACAGGUGCACCUCCAUCCCACAGCCAUGUCCUGCUACGAUCUGUGCCGUCCCUGUGGCCCAACCCCACUCGCCAACAGCUGCAACGAGCCCUGUGUCAGGCAGUGCCAGGACUCCCGAGUGGUGAUCCAGCCCUCUCCGGUGGUGGUGACCCUGCCCGGACCCAUCCUCAGCUCCUUCCCCCAGAACACCGCUGUGGGAUCCUCAGCCUCCGCUGCUGUUGGCAGCAUCCUGAAUGAGGAAGGAGUGCCCAUCAACUCCGGGGGCUUCAGCCUCUCUGGCCUGGGUGGUCGCUACGGCAGAAGAUGCCUGCCCUGCUAAGGUCAAGGUUGGACGUCCAUUGAGCUCAACGCCCAGGAAGCCCAAAGCCAGAUGCUCGAGUGAGGAUGGUGCAGGUGGCUGAGGUUUCCAGAUCUGUUUUGCACCCUCAUGCCCUUCUUCAAAGCAGGGAGAGAAGCAAGAUACUGUCUGGACACACGGCCACCAUAUGUCUUAUUCUUGAAAUUCCUUCUUUGAUGACUGUGCUUGCAUCUGUGAUUUUGAAUUUCACAUUGGCUUUCUAUUAUGCUGUACUUUCAAGUAAUCAGUAGAGGGGUUUUACUCUGGAAUUAUGGAAAAGCAGAGUCUUUCUUGCUGUCUUUCAGUUGGGAUGGUUAAAAUGGCUUCUUUACCUUAUAUAAAUAUGUAUAUUCAUUUUGUUUUGCAGAACACUACUUGACUUUUUAUCAUUAAACUGUAUUGCAUCUGGA